AUGGAAAGUAGUUUAAAUAAUGAAACAAAUAAAUCUCCAUCAUUGGAAACUGCUAUAACAGCUGUAUCUAAUAGUGAUAAAAGUAUUUCAUUAAAGUUAGCAAGUACACCUGAAUCAUCACAUACUGUAAUUGAAAAAGUUAAACUUCUCCAGACAAUAAAAUUCAAUAUUAUUGAAGGAAAAGAAGAUUUGGCUCAGGUUAAAUUAGUUUUAUGUAACUUAACACAGACAAGUUUAAAAUUUCGUUUGAAAUCAAAUCAAAAUGAUGCUGUAACCUGUUGUCCUAAUUCAUUUGGCAUAAUUAAAGCCAAAGAUAAUACUGAAAUAUUACUUUCAUGGUAUCGUAAUGCUCAAUACAAUAGUUGGAUUGACGUACCACCUUUAAAAAUGAUUAUUGAAUCAUGCUUAAAUUCUAAAAAUCCUGAAGAAGAAGAAGAAAGCAGAACUGCUAUUAGAUUUCUGGGUGCAGUUUCAACAGCUGAUCCUUGUAAAUCUAGAAACAUACCUACAGAACAAUUACUAUUAGAUUCAAGAGUAGGAAAUUUUUCUGAAAAAACAAAAAGAAAGAUUAAUCAAGUUGGUUCAGAAAGUUUAUCACAAAAAAAACUUAAAGAAGAAAAAGAAGAAUUGACAAAUAAUUUAUUAUACUUUUUAUUUUUUCUAUUUUUUCUUUUAUUCAUUAAUUAUGGAUUUGCAAAGAAAUAG